AUGGCAAAACUGCAAAUCGAAAUUCGCGUUGGGGAGGCCGGCCCCAUUUAUUCUUCGCCAUUUCACUUUGGCAUAUUGCCAAGCAGACAGAUUCCAAUUUACAAAUACAGGAGUAUGUAUUCCACCCUUCAUGUCCGACCAGCUGGGAAACUGGGUCCCAAAGAGUAUUCCAAACAACGAGAACUGAUCCUCAACAAGAUUGCCCAGAUGCGCUCGCUCCAGAAAACGGCCCCCACGGACUAUGGCAAGGAGGGUUAUCAAAAAGAAAUUCAAUUGCAGGUAGAAGCUUUGAAGAGAUUGAACGAACAACAGAAUGUGGAAAUGAAUGAUUUGGAAUUGGAAGAAGUGGAGCGUGGAUUUGAAGUUGUGGAAAUGACGGAGCAGGCGGGAAGCAGCAGUUAG